CAAUCCAACCACAAUGACAUUGCAAAGGUUUGUCUUGUCUCUUGUUUUCCUCCGGCAGGAUAAAACAUGAGGAGCACUCUGCUCUGUGAUUUGUAUACACUGUCUUGACAGCCGAGCCAGUACACUGUCAGCUUCCUACCUCGGUCACACACACAACGCAGGAUACGGUUGCAGGGACGGAGGGAGGCACGGAGAGCUAAAUAAAGCGCAGCCUCUUUACAGUAUGUUGGGCAACAGAAAGAAAGCAAUCCCCCAGGUCAAGAACGGAGCCGGGACGUCCGAAUUAAAGGCCAUUGAUCCUCUGCGGAAUCUGGGAGUGCAAAGUGAUGAAGAUGUGAGGCAGAUGCUGCAGGGCUCUAGUAUGGUGAAGGUUCGCUCGCCUCGCUGGCAGAAGCGUCGGAUUCUGAAGUUGCUGGAAGAUGGUGUCACCGUUUGGUGUCAAUCAUACAAAACAUCCAGCCGGGCCAAGGAACAACAAUCCUUCUCCAUCAUGGAAGUGGAGUGUGUGCACGAAGGUUGCCAGUCAGAAACAUUGCGGCAGAUGGUUGGCUCAGUACCUGAAAACCAGUGUUUAACAGUGGUCUUCAAAGGGUCUCGUAAAAGCCUGGAUCUCCUCUGCCAAAGCCAAGAAGAAGCUCAGUGCUGGGCCCGUGGCAUCCGUACCCUGCAGGAGAGGAUGGACAACAUGACCCAGAAGGAGAAACUUGACCACUGGAUUCAUGCUUAUAUGAGUCGGGCUGACCGAAACCGCGACGACAAGAUGAGCUACGAUGAGGUUCAGAUGCUGCUGCAGAUGAUCAAUAUUGACUUGAAUGACCAGUAUGCUCGCAGCCUCUUCCAGAAAUGUGACCAGUCAGGUGACGGUCGUCUCGAUCACGGAGAGAUUGAAGUUUUCUGCAGGGAGUUGUUACGAAGGCCAGAACUGGACAUCAUAUUCAUUCGCUACUCUGCAAAUGGCUGUGUGCUUUCAGCUGUGGACCUGAGGGAUUUCCUAAAGGACCAGGGGGAGGAUGCCUCACUCGUUCAUGCCCAAAGCCUCAUACUCACCUAUGAACUUAAUGAGUGGGCCCAGAAGAAUAGCUUCAUGACUCCCAAUGGUUUCACCAUGUACAUGUUGUCAAAGGAAAACUGUGUGUUUAACCCAGAACACGCUAGAGUUUACCAAGACAUGGCACACCCACUGUCGCACUACUUCAUCUCCUCGUCCCACAACACCUACCUCACUAAGGACCAGCUGACUGGGAACAGCAGCACAGAGCCUUACAUACGAGCUCUAAAACAUGGUUGUCGGUGUGUGGAGCUGGACUGUUGGGAUGGAGACAAAGGAGAACCAGUUAUCUAUCAUGGACACACACUUACUUCCAAAGUGCCCUUUGUUGAAGUAAUUGAGACUAUCAAUGAGUAUGCUUUCAAAUCCUCUCCCUACCCUCUAAUCCUGUCUUUGGAGAACCACUGCUCUCUGGAGCAGCAGAAAGUUAUGGCUAGACAUCUGCACUCCAUUCUGGGAGACAAAUUUCUAACAAAGCCUCUUGAAGGCCUGGAUUCCCACAAUUUGCCUUCUCCAGAGGGGUGUAUUUUGUUCGUCACAACAGUCACCACUUGAGCAGGAUCUACCCCUCAGGCCAGCGCCUCCAUUCCUCCAACUAUAACCCUCAGGAGAUGUGGAAUGCAGGCUGUCAAAUUGUUGCUCUGAACUUCCAGACACCUGGUGAGCAGAUGGAUUUGAACCAAGGCAGGUUUCUGCAAAAUGGUGAGUGUGGGUACAUUCUGAAACCUGCCUUCUUGUGUCAGCCUGACAGUACUUUCAAUCCUGAGAAUGUGGGAGGAGGUCCUGGCCACAGACCUGUCAUGCUCACUGUUCGGGUCAUUUCAGCUCAGCAGCUGCCUAAACCAGAAUGGGAUAAGCCCAGCUCCAUUGUGGACCCACAAGUGUGGGUGGAGAUCCACGGCGCUCCUAUUGACAACAAUAAGAAGAAAACGCAUUAUGUUGAAAACAAUGGCUUUAAUCCACGGUGGGACUGCACCUUUAACUUUACCGUCCAUGUCCCUGACUUGGCUCUGGUCCGCUUUUUGGUGGAGGAUCAUGACUAUACUUCCAGAAAUGACUUCCUGGGACAAUUCACUCUCCCUUUCCCCAGUGUCCGCACAGGUUAUCGUCAUGUCCGACUGCUCAAGAUGGAUGGAUCAAGCCUUUCACCUGCGUCACUCUUUAUACAUAUUAAGGUCACUCCCUGUCAGAAUUCCAAAUCUUCAGCAAAAUCGCCAACCCACUUUCCAACCAAGAAUCCCUAAUCCCACUUCUGCCUUUCAGCCACAUGAUCAUUCCAUGGUAGUUAAUCAGAGAAAACUCAGUGGUUACAGCUUUCUCUCACGGUAUCAUCAACUGAUUCAUUUUUUUUACGCAAUAGAAAUGUUUCAAAACUGUAUUUGAGAUUUGUUAAGAAGACAACAUUGUUAUGCAAUGCUAAAAGCCAAUUAGGUAAUACUAUCCAUACCAGUGACUUAUGAUGCACCUAAGAUUUCAGAGCAGUCAAUUUAAGUGUCUGUUUUACCUGAAUAAUUGUAAUAAUGUCUCAUUUGUAGAAAGCUUCCCAAGUACUUCAAACUCUUAGAAGUAGGGUCGGAGUCAGAGCUGGGAACUAAUAGAGUACAAGUACUUUGUAUUAUAUACAUGCUGUUGUAGUUAAGUAGAAUUUUUAGCUCUGUUUUAGAUCUGUGUAUCUGCACGUUACUUGAGUAUUUAUUUUUGUGACAACUUUUACUUUUACUCCCUACAUCUUAACCAAAAUAUAUCUGUAUAUCAAUAUACAUAUUUUCUACUCCUUACAUUUUUAAAUGUUUGUUACUUUAAAUUUAAAACACUUGAGAAGAGUUAUUUCUUGACAUUUAAACAUCAAAGUAACAGAUAACUGUUAGUGUAUCCAUCACAGGUUCUUAUAGCAUGUGAUGAAUUAAACAAAGGGAAAUCUAGCUAGUGCUACAGAAGAGGAUCAAGCAUAAAAGAAGUAAGAUUAGUGGCAGGCAAUUGGAAGUACAAAGUUUCAAACAGCUUAAUACAUACACAAGUAUUCACUCACGCAUCCAAAUCAUUGAAUUCAGGUGUUCCAAUCACAUCCAUGGCCACAGGUGCAUAAAAUCAAGUGCGUAGGCAUGCAGUGAAAGAAUGAGUUACUCUCAGGAGUUCAGUUAAUUCCAGGAUGUCCUGUUAGGAUGCCCCCUGUGUAACAAGUCCAGUCAUGAAAUUUCCUUGCUACUAAAUAUUCCACAAUCAACUUUUAGUGGUAUUAUAACAAAGUAAAAGCGACUGGGAAUGAGAGCAACUCAGCCACAAAGUGGUAGGCCACAUAAAACCACAGAGUGGGGUCAGUGGAUGCUGAGGUGCAUACUGCACAGAGGUCACCAGGUUUCUGAGUCAAUUGCUCCAGAACCUCUAAACUUCAUGUAGCCUUCAGAUUAGCUUGAGAACAGUGCAUAGAGAGCAUAAUGGACUGUGUUUCCAUGGCCGAGCAGCUGCGUCCAAGCAUUAUAUAAUACAAGCACUUGGUGUAAAGCAUGAGACCACUGGACUCUAGGGCAGUGGAGAAGUUUUCUCUGGAGUGACAAAUCACACUUCUUUGUCUGGAAAUCCAAUGGAUGAGUCUGGGUUUUGUGGUUGCCAGGAGAAUGGUACUUGUCUGACUGUACUGUGCCAAGAGUAAAGUUUGGACAGUUGGUAUUGUAUGCUGUGUUGGGGAGUAAUGGAAUACAUGUACCGGCGUUACGUGUUUAAAGUAACUGUCUUCCGUUACACUUACCGUUUAAAAGGGUGGUAUUCAGAAUACAGUUACUUUGUUAAAACAAAGGCAUUGCAUGGCGGUCUUUUCCUGUUUCAUAUGUUAGGCUAUGCCCUCUCUAUUUAUGGUAA